GGGUGACGUCAUCACAACUGGGACGUAAGCACCCCGACACAAUGACAACACGCGCAGUGGAAUGCUUGUGAAAUAAACGCAGUUGAACAGUUUCACCGUUAAAACCGUUUUUUUUUAGUUUCGGAUUUUGAGUGUUAAAAAAUAAAUAGUCUAAACAGCAAUAAAAAAGCGCUUAUGAGUGGAGUUUAUUGCUGUUUUGCUGGCCAUGAAAACACAGCGGCUCCUAUCAACAAGCUCAAGCGGGACGGAGUGAAGGAUACAAAGCAGAGAAGAAGAAGAAGAAGACUCCUAAAGUCAAGCAUGCAUACAAGUUAACAUUUAUUAUCGUUUAAAGAAAACUGCAAAUAACGGAUUCAUUGCAAAAAAAAAAUAAGCCUGGUUUAAGGAGUAGGAAGUGUCUGGAGGUGUCGGACCCGCCAGAAAACAACCAAACCCUUACAGUUUGUGUGUCUGUGCCAGAGCUGAAGAGAAUUUGAGGCUGUCGGACCAGAGUGCCUCGAGCACCAGUGCUCCCCCGCCCGUGGCUGCGACUCGUUCUUCACAACAUCCCCAAUGCGACCAUGGGAAAUAGCUGUGAAUAGGCGGCCGCCAACAGCCCCCUUAAACCAGAGGAGCUUCAUCGGGGGUCCCUGCAACGCGCCCGUGCACCUCAGGAGAAGGUGGGACUGUGCUGCUACAACUCUCAUUCCUUUAACAAGUGUGUUCAUGGUUCGCAUACUUAAAAGUCCUCCAGCACGCUGGCAGUGGGGGCAGCGAGACAGAGCGGCUGUGCACGCUUCCCCGCGUCAGGAUGAGAAUUUUCCCCACGCCGCAUUCCCUCAGCAGCAGCAGCACCAGGCCGUUCCUGUAGAGGAGGCGAGGCAGUACAGCCAAGCCGGCGCGCCACCCCGCAUGCUCCAUCCAUCCACACACCCGCCGCAGCAGACCUCCAUCAUGGUGGACCUUCAUGAACAAAUGCACCAAGGAUCUGUUCCGAUAUCUUACACAGUUACCACGGUGACGACCCACGGCUUUCCCAUGCACACGGGGCAGCCGAUCCCAGCGUGCAACGCGCAGCAGCUCCCAGCAUGCUCGGUAAUGUUCAGCGGACAGCUCUCUCUGCUCUGCUGCCUUCCUCCUCCUCUAAUCCAGGCGUGCACCAUGCACCACUUACCUGUGUCUUACCAGGCCUUUCCGCCUCUGAUCUCCAGCGAGCAUUUCCUCCUGCACCCGAGUCCUCCAGUGGCGCCGCAUCAGCCCCCGGCGCUGGCGCCACUCAGCCACUUCAUCCCCCUGCAGCCCCAGCACCCGCGCAUGCCACUGCAAAGGGUGGAGAAUGAGGUGGAUCUGAGAGGAGAGCAGCACCAUUUGGGAACUUUCUCGUACCCUGCGGCUCAUCACCCACCAGCAGCCAUGCCCCCCUCCGUGCCCCUGCAGUACCACCUGCCCCAGGAACCCCUACACCAGGAGCUGCCCUUUGCGGUGCCGUAUCCACACAUGCUACCCAGGCGUGGGAGUGGCCAGAGGUAUCGCUUACAGCAGCCGCUGCCUCCUCCACCCCCUCCUCCGCCCUACUACCCUGGCUUCCUCCCUUACUUCCUCUCGAUGCUUCCUGUGCCUCCGACUGCUGUGGGUCCGGCUAUCAGCUUGGACCUGGACGUGGACGACGUGGAGAUGGAGAACUACGAGGCGUUACUGAACCUCGCAGAGAGACUCGGUGAGGCUAAACCUCGAGGACUGACGAAAGCCGACAUCGAACAGCUUCCGUCCUACAGGUUCAACUCGGAAAAACACCAAUCAGAACAGACUCUGUGUGUCGUGUGCUUUAGUGAUUUUGAGUCAAGGCAGCUACUUCGAGUAUUACCCUGUAAUCACGAGUUUCACGCAAAGUGUGUGGACAAGUGGUUAAAGACUAACCGCACGUGUCCGAUCUGCCGCGCGGAUGCUUCCGAAGUUCACCGUGACGUGGAGUGAGUCCGGGCCUUCGUCCUUCACUGGAUAACAGCACAAACCUUGGAGUGUGUGGUGGGAGCGGGCACACACACACACUCACAUAAUACAUGUGCGCACCACCCAACCCUGUGCCCUCCAGCAAAACGUAGAAGCAUCUCCUACACACUCCAAUCGCUCCCCCUCACCCUCACCCCAAACAUUCGACCAAUAAGCAAUCUUGGAAUUUGUACGGAUUGUGUUAGACCUCCGCUGUGCUUCUCACGCAAGCUACUGCCUCCUCUGAGCCCGGCAAACUCCCACAAACCCCGUUUCGAGUUUUCAUUCCCCCGCCUUUAUUUUUUUGCCGAUUCCAAAGAUUAACGUGUGUGGUGUUGGCAUCUGUUUACACGGUUGAAUGUGUUCUCGCUGUUCGCUUACGAAUAAUCCAAGCUGUGCUAUAGCGGUGUGAAGGGAAGACGGGGAGGAGGUUCGAGGACGUUGCUCAAUCGGGGGAGGAGAAAAAAAAGGCAACCGACGUUUGUCCAUUCCACUGUCUUUUUAAAAAAAAAAAAAAAAAAAGAGAAAAGAAUCGCCUGAUCAUUAGCUGCAUGUUUGUAUAGGUGAUGGGCUGAAGUGACUUGUUAAUAAUGUAUGUUUCGCAAUAAUGUAUUGAUGAUUUCAAUAGCUCUAUCCCAGCUUUGCUAAUGUGAGCGUGAACGGCAGUGGCUCCGAAUCUUUUGAGCUAACGAAAAAAAAAAACAAAACAAGUACUGCAAACUAAACAGGAUGAAUGUGUGUGUACGUCUGCUCCUGGGCCUCAUCGCUGUGGAGUUUUGCACUGUUGCUGCACUGGAAAGGUCACAAGGAUGAGGACCUUGUCACGACCUGUGACCUCUGGCCGCCUCCCAACCUGGCUGUACUGCUCGGGGAAGCCCUCCUCUCCUCCAUCCUUCACUAUGUUUGCUCUCUCCUGGAUGGUUUCUCACGGACUGUUGUUUUCUUAGGUUAGCAAUACUUUUGACUCGACGAGCUUCUUGCUGCAUUUCACGCGCAGGUUCAGCGGGACGGCGGCGAAGGGAAUUUCACUUCCACCUGAUGUCCAAAAAAACUGACUUUGGAAAAAGGUGCGGUCCCUUUUGCAGAAAGCAAUAUGUGCAAUGAGUGUCUGUCCUGAAUGAAUCCUUUUUUUUUUCCUUUUUUUUUUUUUUUUUUGAUAUAUAUAUAUAUAUAUAUUACAUAUAUUAUUUUUUGGAGGACCAGGCUUUUUCCUCAUCUGUGAGCCAAAUAUUCAAUAAUUCAAUACACUCUCCAAGGAUACAGCUCUGCCUUCUUCAAGACGUUGACAAGCACAAACUUGUUACUAAUCGUAAACAAAGAAACAACAAAACAACAAAAAAAAAAUUAGACUCCGUAGUCAGUUGAACUUGUUUUAGGUUUUUAAAACUGGUGUUAUUUAUUGGCUUUAUCUUCUGGAUUGAGGGGCAGAGCACUAGCACGGUGUAUCUUUGGUGCUGUGCGUGUUUGUGAGGUGUGGGGCCACAGUAGCAAUGUGAAGUGAUGUAAAAGAUGUAAAAGCAUUGUACGCAUAGCAUCUAAUUGCCGUCUUGUAUUGAGACAAAAGAAUGUGGAAACGCCCCAUAGCGCGUCGUCGACUCUGCUUGUGUGUGCCAGCUGACUGUAGUGAUUCCACAACGAUUCAAAGAGAAAAGGUCGUCAUUAGAAAUGCACUGUAAAACCUGCUCAGCUCCUGGUUCGCUCUGCAUAGACUCCCGAAAAAAAAAGGAAAAAAAAUUAUUAAAAAAAAAAAUAAACAGGGAUGAAAUGUUGAAAUAGGGUGUUUUUUGCUACGCUAAUUAUAGGACACAAAUAUAUAUGAUAUAUAUAAAUAUAAAUAUAUAUAUUCUUGCUUCCUUGUGUACACCGAGUAGCAGUUCUGAUCAGACUCGCUUUAUGGGUAAAGGGACAUCGCCGUGAUUUUAGCAUGCGAGUCUGUACUGAUGCUCACCAGGUUAAAAAAAAACAAAAACAAACAAACAAAAAAAAAACACAACAAGCCAUUGUGAUGAAUUUAAACCACACUUUUGAUAUUAAUGUGUAUACAUAUCCGUUCACUGGCAUAUAUUUUGAAAAAGAAAAAAAAAAAAAAAAAGAAAAA